AGACAAUCAAAACUAUGUUAGUGUUUAUGUAAUUUUAAUUAUUUAAUUAAUCUGUUCUUAAACUAAAAAUUCCACAACGAUGACCAAGCAGGAAAAAUUGCAAAAGAAUCCACUGAACUACAAAAACAUAUUUUCCUUCAUGUCCUUCUGGUGGAUGAAUGGAUUCUUUCGAAAUGGUAGCAAACAUGACUUGAAAGAUGAAGACAUGUACCGUCUCCUUCCGGAUGACAAAUCAGAAAAGUUGUGUUAUGAUUUAGAAUGCAAAUGGAAAGCAGAGCUACAACGUUUUUAUUCAACUGGAAAGAAACCAAGCUUGUUUCGAGCUGCUGUAAACACUUACUUCUCAUCUUGGUUGUUUUAUGUUUUUAUAGCUGUUAUAGAAGAAGUUUUAAGAACUUUCAAUCCUCUAUUAAUACGCUGGCUUCUGGGUUAUUUUGAAGUAAACACUAAUGUUCCAGUCAGUUCUGCUUAUCUCUAUGCAACUGGGAUAUUUGCUAUCCUUGUACUGCUCACAUUUUUGCAUCAUGUUCUGUACUAUUACACCCAGAGAUUAGGUUGGCAUUUAAGAGCAGCAACAUGUGCUUUAAUGUACAAAAAAACUCUACGUCUCAGUCAAAAAGCUUUGGCAGCAACAACUACAGGGCAAAUUGUGAAUCUUGGUGCAACGGAUGUUAUUCGUUUUGACUGGUUGGGAUUAUUUCUGCAUUAUUUGAUCAUUGGUCCCAUCCAAGCAGUUGUUGUUAUUUAUCUGCUAUGGGCAGACCUGGGUGUAUCUUCUCUAGCAGGACUGGUGGUUAUAAUUUUAGCAAUGAUCAUACAAAGUUGUGUGGGCAGACAGUUUGGGCGCAUUAGAGCAAAGAUGUCAGUCCUCACGGAUCAGAGAAUCCGAAUAAUGAAUGAGGUCCUCACUGCUAUGAAGAUUAUAAAGAUGUAUGCUUGGGAGAAACCAUUCGAAAAACUUGUUUCAGAAACCAGGAGGAAAGAGGUCCAAAAAGUUCUCUAUUCAGUCAUAUUAAAAGCCUGCAACUUUUCCAUGAUGUUUAUUUCUAGUAGAUUGCUUAAUCUCUUUACAUUCAUCACGUUUGUACUGUUGGGUGGCCACCUUACGCCUUCUAAGGUUUUCUCUGCCAUAGCUCUGUACAAUGUACUUCGUACAUCAAUGGGAUUGUUUUUUCCCCUGGCAAUAGAAAAGCUUUCUGAGUCUUUGAUCAGUUUGAAAAGAAUACAGAAUUUUCUAAUGCUGGAUGAAAUAGAUGAUGAUCUGCAAGGUUUGCCACCAAAAUCAUCUAAAGACUGCAUUGUAGAACUUACCAGUUUUACUGCUUGGUGGACAGAGGAUGAGGAUUCUGCAAACAGACCAACAUUAGAAGAUAUAACUUUAAAAGUAAAACCUGGCCAGUUAUUGGCUGUUAUUGGUCCAGUGGGAUCUGGCAAGUCUUCUUUUUUGAGUGCAAUUCUGAGAGAACUGCCUGCUUCCACUGGCCAAGCUAGGGUGGUGGGCCAAGUGUCUUAUGCUGGCCAAACUCCAUGGGUUUUCUCUGGCUCGAUAAGAGAAAACAUACUCUUUGGAGAGGAAUACAAUGAGAAAAGGUUCAAAGAAGUGAUUGAUAUUUGCUGCCUUGAAAAGGAUCUUCUCUCUUUUGAGUUUGGAGACUUAACUCUGGUCGGACAAAGAGGAGUAACUCUCAGCGGAGGACAAAAAGCUCGAGUAAACCUUGCAAGAGCUGUUUAUCGAAGAGGAACGAAUAUCUUCCUUAUGGAUGACCCUUUAAGUGCGGUGGAUGCAUCCGUUGCUCAUAAAAUGUUCGAAGGCUGCAUCUGUAGAUACUUGAGGAAAACGAUUCGAAUUCUUGUCACUCAUCAGUUGCAGUUUUUACAGAAGGCUGAUCAAAUCAUGAUUCUAAAAGAAGGUAAAAUUGCAGGUUUAGGAACUUACUCUGAACUACAAGCAGAUGGAACUGACUUUGCUGCUUUGUUGAAGAAAAAGGAGGAACCUCCUCUGUCACCAGGUCCUGGUGGAUUCAGGAAUCGACUGUUGUCUGGUGACCGCCAGCGAACCUACUCAUUUAUUGAGGAUAAUUUGCAGUUAAAAUCGGACGUCAAUUUGGCGAUUCUACCAGAUGCUGCACUAUCACAGGGUGAUAUUUUCAUGGGAGAAAUUUAUGAAUCCACUUUUACGUUAAAUGAAAGUAAAUUACAGAUCCCAUGUGAUAUUAAUGGUGUAAGUGCUGAAGAUUCUGGAUGCCUUACUGAUAAUGAAACCAUUCAACCUCUCAUAGCAGAGAAUAAGGCAGACUUUGUCGCCCCAGUUGAAGAAGAGGAAAUAAAUGCUCAAGGAAGUGUCAAGUUUCAAGUCUACAAGAACUAUUUCAUCUACAAUGUUUAUUUCUUUACUUUGCUCACCAUCCUGGCUCUAUGUGAUCACACUGUAUUUAUUUUAUGUGAUUGGUGGAUUGCUGUAUGGGCUACAAGGUCUGAGAUUUUCUAUUCUCAAAUGAUCAUAUUACCACUCAACACUACACUUGCAUCAUCUACCAGUCUGUUUAACAGCAGUGCUUCUGCUGUUUUCAACACAACAACAACAGCCAUUCCAGCUUUAGAAUUUAAUGAUGAAUUUUAUAUCAUUGUGUAUGCAGGUGAGUUCCUGAAACUGUUCACUGUGAACUAUUGGUUCUUUUUGGGGGUUUUCUUUUUCCAUCAGGGCCCAAUCUUUGGGUCAAUGCUCUUUAAAGCCGACUCCCCCCAUUGUAGGGGUCGUGUCUUUCGCACACUUUUGUUUCUAUUAUGUCAUAGUUUACCCAUUUUAUCCCCUAGGGCUACAAGGUCUGAGAUUUUCUAUUCUCAAAUGAUCAUAUUACCACUCAACACUACACUUGCAUCAUCUACCAGUCUGUUUAACAGCAGUGCUUCUGCUGUUUUCAACACAACAACAACAGCCAUUCCAGCUUUAGAAUUUAAUGAUGAAUUUUAUAUCAUUGUGUAUGCAGGCCUUAUAGGUUUGCUGACAGUAUUACUCUACACACGUUCCAUUGCCCAGUUCUAUUACUGUGUUAAGAGUGGUAUCCUUAUGCAUGAUAAGAUGUUCCAUGCAAUCCUUCAUGCACCCAUGCGUUUCUUUGAUGUCAAUCCUGUUGGUCGUAUUUUGAACAGAUUUUCGAAAGAUCUCGGUCAGGUUGACGAGCUUCUACCUCAAACCUUUAUGGACUUUAUUUAUAUUUUUUGCAUGAUCUUCAGUAUUCUUAUUCUGUCUGUUACGAUCAACUACUUUGUAAUUGUGAUCGUGAUACCUCUCUCCAUCUACUUUAUAUGGUUGCGUCAGUAUUACAUCAAGACUUCUCGUGAUAUUAAACGAAUGGAAGGCGCAAGUCGUAGUCCAGUAUUCACCCACGUAUCAAACACAAUACAAGGACUAACCACAGUACGAGCAUUCAACAUGCAGGAUAGGUUUGAAGAAGAAUUCAACAACCGACAAGACCUUCAUAGUUCUGCAUGGUUUCUCUUUAUAACUGGCUCCCGCUGGUUGGCUGUUCGUUUGGACGCGAUUUGCGCCAUAUUUAUCGGCUGUGUCGCUUAUUUCUCAAUCCUCACUUCCUCCAUCAAUGCAGUGGAUGCAGGAAAAGUUGGUCUUACGUUGACGUAUGCAAUCAUGCUCAUGGGAAUGUUUCAAUGGGGAACCAGACAAAGUGCUGAGGUCGAAAACUUAAUGACAUCGGUCGAACGGAUCCAGCAAUAUUACGCAAUUGAGCCCGAAGCGCCGCAUGAGGUCGAGGGCUCGUCAUUGCCACGUGGAUGGCCGCAGUACGGCAUAGUGACGUUUGAUAAUCUCUCAUACGCUCACUACAAAGGUGGGCCCGAUAUUCUCCACGACAUACGUGCAAACAUACGAGCUCAUGAGAAGGUCGGUAUCGUCGGCCGCACGGGCGCGGGCAAGAGUUCUUUAAUAUCCACUUUAUUCCGCUUGAACGAAUACAGCAAAGGAAGUGUUAUGAUAGAUGGUAUCAAUGUAUCAGAGCUUGGUCUUACGGAUUUGAGAUCAGCUAUUUCCAUUAUACCACAAGAUCCAAUCCUAUUUGCUGGCACCAUGCGUAAAAAUUUAGACCCCUUUCAAUUGUACACGGACGACGAAGUAUGGACGGCUCUUGAGCAGGUCCAGCUUAAACCGGUUGUCGAGCAGCUGCCGCUUCGGCUUUUCACCGAACUGGCUGAAUCCGGUUCGAACUUCAGCGUCGGGCAGCGUCAACUGGUGUGCCUUGCUCGUGCUGUUUUGCGGAAGAAUCGAGUCUUGAUCAUUGACGAAGCAACUGCUAAUGUCGAUUUAAGGACUGAUUUUCUGAUCCAGGAGACGAUUCGAAACAGUUUCAAGCAUUGUACUGUACUCACCAUAGCACAUAGAUUGCAUACGAUCAUUGAUUCGGACCGUGUAAUGAUUCUUGACCAAGGUCGCCUAAUAGAGUUUGACGAACCGCAUGUUUUGUUGGGGAAGGAAGACGGAAUUUUUACCCAAAUGGUCGACGCUACAGGGCGGUCAGAGGCAAAAGCCUUGAGAGAAAUAGCAGCGAAGGCACACAGCGUUACGCACGAUAAUAACACAAGCCCCGAGAACGGUGUACCUGACCACAGACGGUCGUUCCUUUCACGGUACCUGCCCGUGCCUGGGUCUUACGAUCACCUGGAAAUUGAAACGAACAUGUAACUUGAUCAUCCCUUAAUACAGGCAAAAGAUACCAUUAAGCUUUUUGUGUAAUACCGUUGGUUUUUUUGGAACUUAUAUUUAUUUGUUCGUAUUUAAUUUAUUGUGUUAGGCAAUCUUGUACUUUGUUACUAUCGCCCUUUUUCUUAAACACGCCUUUUUUCUAGCAAGUGUAAGUACAGUGUGUCUCGACGUAGCCAAUCGUGUAAUAUAUCCAAUUUCAGUACUUUCUAAAACGGUCAAAUUACCGCAUUUGAUACUUUCCAUUUUUUCCCCUUCUUUACACACACACACACACAUACACACGUACUGAUCAGCUACCUUUUUCCAUAUACAGCAUUUUUCCAUCACCUUAUACACACAUUAUUUCAAAUCCUUCUUUAAAAAUUCUCCAAAUGUUGAUAUAUGUUGAAGAGUGGGGUAAAAUGGCACACGUUUUUAUUUUUUUUCGUCCUAUUUUGGGAGCACACACAAAAUAUGUACGGAACUAUAUAUCUUUAACGUCGCAACUCUCAACAGUGUCCCAUUUUACCCUACAGUACCAUGUUUAUCAUUAUAUGGAACAGCAAUAACUUCUAUACCUCAUACUACACAACAGAACGUUCAUAUAAGUCACAAGAAACGUUUGUACCACUUACAACGUACUGUCGAGUAACUUAGUGAACUAAAAAUACACAUUACAGCCGAUUAAUAACUAAAGCAUUAUAUAUAGUAGGGUGGGGGAAAUAAGACACCUUUUAUUCUAUUUUCUCGUCCCAUUUGGUGUAGUAAACAAAGAACAUUCAAAGAAUUAUAAAAUCGUAUUCUCACGGCUCCCAUAGACCGUUAAUUGUUUCAAACACGAUCAGUAUAUCUGAAUAUUAUAUGCUAAAGGUGUCCCCCACACUGUAUGGUAUAUAGAUGUAUUCUUGAUCCUAAGCGGCAAUACUGCCAUUUCUGUUCCUUUGCUAAUUUAUUUUUUAUAUAGUGAGUAAAACUUGACAUUUUUGUUCGUUGUUAAUUAAAAAAUAAAAAAAAA